ACAUUUGAAAUUUGUUAAUAAGUGAUUUAUGCCUAAAUACUACAUCAUUAUCAAUCACCCAUCCAAACGACCCUCCAAUAUGUACACCCUUAAAUCUUUUACUUUAUCCCAAACUUUAGCAUCAUUCAUUCUCUUUUGCCAUUUAUGAUAUUAAUCAAACCAAAACUAUAGACGCCACGCCACACGCCAGUUUCGUUUCCCUAGCAUCUCUGUUUUCCCCCAAUUUUUGAAGUAGCGCAGUAGCGAAUUGAUCAAAGCAAAUCCGGGCGAUGGCGGCGAGCGAUAACGAGCCAGCCAAGCUUCUGCUGCCGUACCUGCAACGAGCCGAUGAGCUGCAAAAGCACGAACCCCUCGUCGCUUACUACUGCCGAUUAUAUGCGAUGGAGAGGGGACUGAGGAUUCCUCAGAAGGAUCGCACUAAGACCACCAAUUCUCUGCUUGUUUCCCUCAUGAGCCAGCUCGAGAAGGAUAAGAAGACGGUGAAGUUAGGACCUGAGGAUAACUAUUAUCUGGAGGGGUUCGCCCAAAAUGUCUUUUCAAAGGCUGAUAAACAAGAUCGUGCCGGACGAGCUGACUUGAACACAGCGAAGACAUUUUAUGCAGCAAGCAUUUUCUUUGAGAUUAUUAAUCAGUUUGGGCCUCUCCAGGCUGAACUUGAACAGAAGCAGAAGUAUGCAGUUUGGAAGGCUGCAGACAUAAGGAAGGCAUUGAAAGAGGGAAGGACACCCAAUCCAGGCCCUCCUGUUGACGAUGAAGAUAUGUCGGAUCCAUCUAGUGGAUUUACCAAUGGGAAUGAUGUCGGACAAGUGGAAACUUCAACUACCACAAUGCAAUCAUCAGAGUCCGAUCCAUCGUCCCAAUUCCAUGAUCAAGGUGGCAGCAGCCAUUCGGCAGACUUUCCACAAUCGUCUCAGUUCCACGAUCAUCCUAACCACCACCAACAUCCUUCACAGUUCAUGCCACAAUCACCACCUCAGUCAUAUGAUUCAAUGGACAGGGAGCAGCAUUCAGCGCGGGCUCAAUCUCAUCCUCCCCAAUCAUAUGACUCAUUCAACAGCCAGCAUUCCGGCGGAAACAUCAUGCCUUCUCCUCCACCUUACACUGCUGCUGCUGGUGGCUACUCCCAAGAUUUUAAUCCAUCGGAGAACCCCACCUAUUCUCAGCCUCACCACCAUGUGCCACAGAACUACCCAUCAUCUCAUGAUAAUCCCUCAUCCUACUCUUACCCAAACUUCCAGUCGUAUCCAAGCUUCGCAGACACCAGCAUCCCAUCCGUGCUCCCGUCUGUGCCAUCCCACUACCCUUCUUACUACCAACAACAAGGGUCCUCCGAUUCCUCCGCGUACAGCUCUCAGUCGGCUCCACCACCUGCUACAAGUUAUCAUCCUCCACCAGCGCUGCAGCAGCAGCAGCAGCAUGGCAGUUCAAGCAGCAGGAUGAGCUCCGCCGCGGAUGCAUCCAUCCCAACUUCCGCCGCAGCAGCAGCAACAGCAACGUACCAGUACGACAGCAGCUACCAGCCUCCACCUGAGAAAAUCGUCGAGGCACAUAAAGCGGCACGAUUUGCAGUUGGAGCCCUGGCAUUUGACGAGGUGUCGAUCGCCGUCGAGCACCUGAAAAAGGCCCUUGAGCUGUUGACUAACCCAUCUGCUGAUCCGUAGAGUUAGGCUUCUUGCCUGAUCGGAUUUCCUUGUUUUUUUACAUGAGUUUGUGGUUGUGUAAAUUUAUUGAAUUGUCACAGACGAACCUUUUGACAGAGGUGUUACUGCUAACCUUUUGUUUGGUUGAGAUCUAAUUUCUUGUUAUUCGACUCUUUUAAACAGUUGAUGUCCGCCGAAUCUUGCACUAAACGAAAGCUUAAUCUGUUAAGAGUAGUCAGAG